CGUGUCCAUGGAAACCCUGGGCGUCAGUGCGGUUAAAUGAAGCCCAGUAUACAGUCUAUGUGAUCGACCGGGUCUGCCAGACAGUUUAAAUGCGUUUAGGUUUUGGACCGCACACAGUCAGUAAAUGAACCCAGCUCGAAAGGAGACUUGAGUCAUGGACAACUGUGAUUUGGAGACGCUCUCUGUCUCCGGGGGGAAGCUCCAACCAUCGUUCACACCAGAAGUUACAGACUACAAAGUGACAGUGGAGAGCCAUGUCAGCAAAGUGACCCUGGACCUGACCACGAGUGACUGCGGGGCUUCAUAUAGUGUUCUCUCUGGUGACGGUUCUAGCACCAUUAAACUGAGUGAUGGGAUGAACAGAGUAGAGAUCGAGGUGGUGGCUGAAGAUGGUACCAUGAAGACAUACGGUGUGGAAAUCGACAGGCUAUCUGCAAAGAUUGCAAAACUCAGUAGUCUGGCCUUGGAAGGAGAUAUUAUACUGCAACCUGCUUUUUGUACAAGCAUCUGUGAAUACAACUGUGAUGUUCCCUUUUACUGUGCUGCAGUGACUGUGCUUGCUAAGGUGCCAGACAAAAAUAUAAAAGUUACAGUGAAUGGAGAAAACAACUCUCAACCAGUACCUCUGAAUGUUGGAGAGACAGUGGUGGAGAUCUCAGUCUGUUCAGCAGAUGGCAGUAAUUCACAGGUGUACACAGUGUUGGUGAUUCGAGAGCUAAUUCCCACGGCCGUGACCUUCAGUGAUGAGAAAGAGCAGCUGGACUAUGAAUGCUCAGUAUCUCUGACUGCUUUUUAUAGACCUGUAUCCAUCAACAACAGUGAUCCAAAGCAUAUCUUUUCGAGGCCUUAUAUUGAGAUGCUGGCACGGCGAUCAAAAGUUGACCCACUCAGUGCUUGUCCUCUGGGAGAAGGCUGGAAGGUUGUUGAACUGGACCUUGAUAAGAAGAUGUCUGCUGCUCUGGUCAAGUGUUGCUUUACUUACAGAGGAUGCAACAGUGUGAUGAAACUGUCCGAGCUGGGGUCACACUGCCUGGACUGUCCUCACAGGCCCACAGGGGACCUGAAUGCAAAGGAUGUCACAGAGACACGUUGGUAUAAGAAGCACUUUGCAUCAUCCAGUUGUUUGGAGGUAGAGACCAAACAUACUUUGAAGUUGCGUAACUGGGAGGAAAGACUACAAAUGACAGCAGGAGAAGACAACGUGGAGAAACUGUGUAUCUUAGCCCAGGAUUACAUGAAACUCUACCGGCAGAACUUACCAAAACCAGGGGAUAUUUUGCAGUAUGAGGAAGGUCAGUCUCCUCUGCAUAGCCUGGAGCAGGCUGCUGUUCACUAUGCAUCAGCUAUCAGACUCAGCUCCAGAGAUCCAAGGCUCCACUUUCUGCUAGGGGUCGUUCUGGAGGAGCAGCACCGUGCUAAAGGAAUAUACGGCCUCCAGAAGAAGACUGACAGAGGCAGGGAUGAAUUAAGCGAUGCCAAAUCAACAGCACGUCAGGAGGACAUACUGGCCGUCUGCAAGCUCCAUGGUUUCCUGGGCACACCAACAGUCCAGAACCAGCUGCAGGCUUUGGAUAAAGAGUACCAGCAUCUCAGAGAGCAGGGCCAGUCCAGCAAAGCAGACUAUGUCCAGACACUCUACAUCUGGCUCUCAAAGAAAAUUGGAAAAGAAAGCGGUGCAGCAGUGCGAGAUGAAGAAAGUUGUCUUCACCAAGCCCUGAUGAAGUACCUGGAUGCCUGGUAUCUGAGUCCUGACAGCUGGGAGUAUAACCUGCAUGUAGGGAGGCUGCUGCUGUUGCAGGGGAGGAGCAGGGAGGCUCUACAGCACCUGCAAAGCAGCCUAGCACUGCGUCUGCUGCAUCCUGCACUUAGAUUCUUCACAGGGUUGGCUCUGCUGCAGCAGGAACAGAAAGCAUCUGAGGACACAGAGAAGGAGGCCGCUCUGUUCUUACAGCAAGGACUGGAGCACUUUGUCAGCCAGCGAUACAGCAAGGGCUGGGUGGAACAGGAUCCCUCAGACCCUCUCUCCAGCCUCAGCACACAGUUUCUGAGAGGCCUUCUCACUCUUGGUCAUCUGCGGCAGAAAACCACAUUUCCUGAAAAGGCCAUGAGUGCAGAACAGGUCUAUCACAUUGUAGCAGUGUUGGCUGCCCAGAGUGUGAGUCAGUGUGUGUGUCGUGGCGAGGCGAGCGGGCAGCUGGAGUGGGUGCUCCUGGACUCUCACUUUGCCCUGCUGCAGGGACUGAUCCAGCAGGGUGAGGCCCAAGCCAGAGCUGGCAUCCAAAGGCAAUCCCUGGUGGCGAAGAGAUGCCAGGCCCUCACUGCUCUCAUACGUCUCACUUCUAUCGCCCCCUGCCAGGAGUUGCUCGACAUGCAGGAGAAGGCAUGCCAGCUAGCAGUAGUGACCACACCGCGGGACAGCCACGCCCUGUGUCUCUUGGGUCUUGCACAGCUGGCUCAAUAUGACAACAACCUACAUUCUGACAGCUCCAAAGAAGCUCUAACUGAUGCCUGCCUCAGCUUCCAGGCCAGCAUUGAUUUAGAACACAAGACUCAGAGUGGGGAGGCAACUGAACAGCUUAGCAAACAAAAGUGGUGGCAGGACCGACAAGAGGCUGAAACCAAGAGAGCUGCCAAGCAAUCCAUCACCCAACCAACAGGAGUGAAGGGGCCUUCUGACAUCAGUGUGGCAAAGAGUACAGCCAAGCGGGGCAGGGGAGGGCCGGGUCCAGGGCGAAUGGCAGCAGCUGUGAACAAAGCUCCUGCUCCCACACCUCUAGCCCCCAUAAGAGGAGGGAAAGGUGCUCGGCCUCUAGUAAAAGCCCCUGCAGCCAGGGGGAGAUCUGGAGCAGUAACCAAACCUGAUAGAUCAGCUAAACCUCCCACCAACUGUACCAAACCCCAGAUCCCCACCAGCAAGUCUAAACAGGACUCUCCCCCCAGUACUGCUGAGACUGCAGAGGAGCCUGUGGUUGCAAACACAGUGAGUGGGUCCAAUCCAGUGAACCGCAGAUCUCACAUCUCUCGCCUUGGUCUGGCCCGUGCUCUCUCACGGUCUUCAGAUACCCAUGACCAGGCAAAGCAGCACUAUCAGGAGGUUAUUUCCACAGCACCAGAGGUCCAUGAAGCCUACAUUGAGCUUGUACAGCUGCUGGAGCCAUCAGACCAUCAGGCUUCAGUGGAGGUUUACUGCAGAUUCCCUCUAAAGUCGGUGGCUGAGCAAAGCUUCGAUGACGCCUUCAUCACAGGAGAGAUCGUACGCUUGCUAAUGUCGAUGGAGCAGUUUGACCACCCGCACCUGGAACCAAGCCUCAUAGCAUACGGCAAAGUCAUGGGCCUAAGUUGCAUAGAGAAAUACAUCGACAUCUUGGAUGAAAAAGGCCUGACAAAGCUGCUGAAGAGUGUGUACGCAAAGAUCAAUGACCGACAGGAGGACGAUCAGGACCUGCAGGACUUCUUCAGGUUAAAAUGCUGGAUAUGAAAUGUUUGUAAUCCUUUGACAAAUACCUGUAUUUAUCUUUCUGAAUCCCAGAGUGAGUCAGAGUUUGCUUCUGUAUACCGAAGACAUACAUCUUUGGACUUUAACUGAUGACACAUUCUGUGUGUUCAUGGAUAGAUAUCUGGGAUUCCCAGACACCUGAUAUUGUAAAUAUGCCAUUCUUGAUGAGAAAGACGCAGAACGUUGUUUUUCAUUUUCUCCAAAGGCAUAUUUAAUUUGAAACAGACAGUUCUCAAUAAAAAUGAUGUAUCAAAACCAGAGUUCACCAAAAGUGCAACAAAAACAGGUGUUCCAAUAAGCAUGUAAGAAAAUGGAAAUAGGUAAAGAAAUGAAAUCUGGCUUUCUUAAUCAAAGCCAGAGGCUGGAUCAGUCAUUUCUUUAUGUGUAUUAAUGUGUUAUAGGGUCUUUCUUUGCAUCACUGUACCAUACUCUCUGCAUGGAUCGUCCCAGCUUCAUAUAUUACUCAGAUACCAUUUAACUUAACUACAACAACAGAUCUCAUCCUUUAUUUGACUUAAAUUGAUUUCUGUUAAAAUACGUCUAAAGAUGACUAUCAAAUUUACAAAAGCUGGACAGACAGCUGCCAAACCCUACAUCAGGAAGUUGUCAAAUGUUCUAAUAAAGACACCCCAACACCACAAAAGGGCAGUGAAUUAUA